UUUGAAGCAUCGAUCUUAGUUUGUUAGCCAGCUUUCCGUUCAUCAAGUCACCGAGGUACCCCGAAAGUCUCCCCCCUAAAUCCGCGUUCCCGAUCCCAGCGAGCAGUCCAUGAUGCAUAUCAAGAGCCUGCCCCACGCCCAUGCAGCUGCCACGGCGAUGAGCAGCAAUUGCGACAUUGUCAUAGUGGCCGCCCAGCCCCAAACCACCAUUGCGAAUAACAAUAACAAUGAGACGGUCACCCAGGCCACGCAUCCCCAUCCCGCUCACAUGGCGGCGGUCCAGCAGCAACAGCAACAGCAGCAACAGCAGCAGCAGCAACAUCAUCCGCAGCAGCAGCAGCAAUCCAGCGGACCUCCCUCUGUGCCGCCGCCACCCACGGAAAUCCCCUUGCCCUUCCAGAUGCACUUGAGCGGGAUCUCGGCGGAGGCGCACAGUGCCGCCCAAGCAGCAGCGAUGGCCGCCGCCCAGGCAGCAGCGGCUCAGGCUGCAGCGGCGGAGCAACAGCAGCCGGCAGUGCCGCCUCCACCGCCGCCACACCUGACGCACCUGACCACGCACAGUCCAACGACGACGAUUCCGAGCGAUCAUUACCUGGCCAACGGACAUGGCGAGCAUCCCAGCGAGGGUGCGCUGCCAUCCGGCGGAGGAGGAGCUGUCCGCGAGCCGGAGAAACCCUUCCACUGCACCGUCUGCGAUCGUCGCUUCCGGCAACUGAGCACACUGACCAACCACGUGAAGAUCCACACUGGCGAGAAGCCCUACAAAUGCAACGUUUGUGAUAAGACCUUCCGUCAAUCGUCGACGCUGACGAACCAUCUGAAGAUCCAUACGGGCGAGAAGCCCUACAACUGCAACUAUUGUCCCAAGCAUUUCCGUCAGCUGAGCACUUUGGCCAACCAUGUGAAGAUCCACACGGGUGAAAAGCCUUUCGAGUGCGUCAUUUGCAAGAAGCAGUUCCGACAGUCCAGCACACUCAACAACCACAUAAAGAUCCACGUCAUGGACAAGGUCUACGUUCCUGUUAAGAUCAAAACGGAGGAGGAGGAGGGGUGACUAGGACGCAUGGCGUUGGCGGCACACCACCAUCAGCACCACCAGCAGCAGCAGCAUCAGCAGCACCAUCAACAGCAGCAGCAUCAGCAGCAUCCUCCGCCUCCGCAGCAACAGCACAUUGACCAGCGAGGAGUCACCAUUACCACGCUUCCCUCCGCCACAACAGUGGCCCAACACCAACAGCAGCAGCACCUCCAGGAGGGAUUCAAUGUGGCCGCUUUGGGGGAUCUCUCCAGCGCCAUGCAACUGGGCGCCGUGACGGCGGACGGCAGCUUUGUGACCAUGGGCGGCGUGGUGGUGGGACGCAUACAGCAUACGCGCGAGGAGCUGCAGCAGCUGGGAGUGAUCAAGGUGGAGUCGCCAUCGAAUGGCGGCACAGCCACGACGUCAGCGGCGGCGGCGGCAACGCAGCGCGAGGGAUGAGUCGAUGAGCUGCUCCUCGAGUACGUGCUCAAGGAGGAGAAUGUGGAUAAGGAGGAUCAGGA